AAUUUCUUCUACGAAUUUAUGCAUUUUUUACAGAUUAUUUUAUCAAUAUCUGACUAAAAAAAGAACCUUAAUCAAAUCCCGCUCUUAAGACGAUAUUAAAACAUAAUAAACAACUUUAUUUCAUCACUUUUUUCACUGAAAAAAAGACCACACAAAACAAUGAAUAUACUUCAUAAAACAUGUGUAAAGCAAUUUGCUCGAUAUGCAGAAACAGCAACAACAAUAACAACUGCUUCCAAAUAUCUAGCUGAACCUUUGACAAAACGAGCUUUAGUUCGAAUUCAAGGCGCCGAAGUUGUUCCAUUCUUACAAGGCCUAAUAACCAAUGACAUGAAUCAUUUGCAUGUUGAUGGCAAUCCUUCAAUGUAUACAAUGUUCCUUAACAAUGCUGGAAGAGUUUUAUACGAUUCCAUUGUCUAUCGAACUCCAGAAGCCGAUUCAUUCAUCAUUGAAUGCGAUCGUGAUGUGUCCAAUGAAUUGAGGAAGCAUCUUCGACUUUUUAGAGUUCGAAGAAAAAUCAAUAUCGAUUGUGUCAAUGAAGAACUUACUCCAUGGAUUGUAUUUAAUCCUAUCCAAAAUGGAGAUGUCCCAAAACCAAAUGAUAAGAAACCUGACAAAGUUUUGUCUACUCCAGAUCCACGAUUAAAAGAGCUCGGGGUUAGAAUUAUCCUCCCGGCAGGUUCUGAGGGCAAAGAUAUCGAAAAGAUGUUUCCAAGUAGCAUCACAAUAGAACAAUCCACAUCGUCUCAAUACAACACGCAUCGUUAUGUCCAUGGAGUGGGUGAAGGUAUAAUUGAUCAUCCUCCAGGGAAAUGUUUCCCUCUCGAAGCGAACUGUGAUUUCCUUCAUGGAGUCAGCUUCCAAAAAGGUUGUUAUGUCGGCCAAGAGCUUACAGCUCGAGUCUAUCACACAGGAGUGAUAAGGAAACGUCUCAUGCCUCUAAAACUAACAAAUGUCCCCGAGGCAGAUGUUACAUCUGUUCAAACUUCAGAUGGAGCUUCGGUGGGCACAAUUCGUGGAGUUAUUGAAAAGCAAGCUUUGGCACUUCUUCGAGUGGAACAAGUGCUAAAAGCCAAAGAGCUUGUAGUUAAUGGACAACCCUGUGAAACGUUUAAACCUAAUUGGUGGCCAAAAGAUCUUCCAAGUCGACCUUCAUUAAGAAAAGACUAAAUCUCUGUAUAAUUGUUGUAAUAAAAAUAAAUUCGUUCUUUAA